ACCUGGUGGGAGAUGGCUCCACACAAUUUUGAGAGAUGGCGACCCUGGUCCGCCGGGGCCGACCGCUGUUUGGGUGUUGUACAACAAUCGACCUCGUGCUGAAUCGUGCAUACCGGCAGGUGGAUUUCCUUUUUUAUUCUGUAAUUGGGCCAUCGGAGGAGUCGUGCAUUCGAAGGAUUGCAUCGCUGACAUGUUCUCUCAUCUUGUUUCUUGUCAAUUGCGGACGUUGUUGGAUCUGCGAAUUAGGCGUCUGCGAUACGCAUGCGCAGUCACCAUUCGUCCGGAAUGCCCGCUAUUGGCUUGCUCUUCUCCAAUGAGGGACCCGAUUCAUUCACCCAGCUGUUUGCUUGUCGAUCGUUGCAUUCGACAGAACAUGGUGUUGAGGCUGCCAUUCCACAUGUGCAUGCAAUUGGCCUCAUAUCGCACAGACAUACAUCAGUUCGUCCUUUGUUUCCACCUUCCGACUGGAUUUACUAUCGGACUUUAUUGGGAUAUCUCAAUGGCAGCCUACCGUAUGGGAAUCAUGGACCUUUCAUUCGGAAUGGUCAGGUAUAAUGGCUCGGGAGAGAUUGGAAUGCAAGGGUCUCAGGCACCCGCCCCUUCAAUUGGCAGCGAAGAGCGCAAAGGAGUUAUUACUCGUAGUGGCCUAGGGGUGGUUCGGUUCUGGGGCGAUUUCUUGAACCGAGAUUGCUAAACUACAAUACAUAUUACGAUGUGAAAUACUUGCAUUUGGACUCGGUAAACUGAUUGACAAUAUUCC